UGUGAAUCGUGCGCGGAAGUAGACGACCUCGCGGAACGUUGUGAAUGGUGCGGCGUGCGCGAAUUUAUUUUCCGACGUGAUCCGGUAAAAGAAUUUGUAGAAUUCGUGACGCGUCCCACCAAGAGUUUUAAUCGCAUUAUCUGCAUCGCUCACAACGCGAAGGCUUUCGACGCGCAGUUUAUUUUGAAGCACAUAGUUGAAAAUCACUCGGCAUUAAAUCCGCGAGUGACGUUAAACGGUACAAAAAUUAUAGUAUUAACGGCGGGGCGUGCAAAAUUUAUCGAUAGUGUCAAUUACAUGCCGAUGCGAUUGUCUGAAUUGCCGAAAGCCUUCGGAUUGCCGGAUACUUGCGGUAAAGGCGUCUUCCCGCAUUUGUUCAACACUAUCGAUAAUCAGACGUACGUUGGCCCGAUGCCUGAUGUUAAAUAUUACGCGCCCGAAACAAUGCAUGCGCAGGAGCGUGAACGUUUUCUCGCGUGGCACGCGGAAAUGUCGACCGAUCUACCUAAAGCUUUCGGGCUGCAGGACACGGCGGAUAAAAGUACCUUCCCGCACCUUUUUAACAUCUUAGAAAAUCGCACUUACGUCGGCCCGUUACCUGAUGUAUGCUUUUACUCACCCGAGCAAAUGAAACCCGAGAAGCGCGAACGAUUUAUGACCUGGCAUGCAGAAAUGUCUCGGCAAAACGUUAUUUUUGAUUUCCAGCGUGAACUAGUUAAAUACUGCCGCAACGACGUAGAUAUCCUUCGGCGUGCCUGCAUGGCCUUCCGUAAAAUCUUCUUGGAGCGCGGGAAUGUAUGUCCGUUCGAGGAAUGUACAACUAUCGCUUCCACUUGCAUGAAGGUUUUUCGCAAAAACUUUCUGCGGGAGGAAGAGAUAGGAAUUAUCCCAAAAGGCGGCUACAGAUUCACGGAUAACCAUUCGCGUAAAGCCCUGCAGUGGCUGGUAUGGAAGGAGCGGGAAAUCGAUCGUGUCAUAAUUCAUGCGGGACGAGGGCGAGAACAUCAAAUAGCCGGCAGACGCGUCGAUGGAUAUUGCGAGUCGGUGACGGCGGAAAACGAUACACGACGUUACGUAUUUCAAUUUCACGGGUGUUUCUGGCACGGUUGUAAGACGUGUUACCCUGUAAAUCGUAAUAAACCGCUCUUGUCCGCGAAUCGCGAGGACACGCUGGAAAAGCGCUACGAACAAACGAUCGCAACAACACGUCGUCUCGAAGCACAGGGGUACCGCGUGAUAGAGAAGUGGGAGUGCGUUUUCGACCGGGAUUUGCGUGAAAACGAUGAGAUGCGGGAAUUUGUCGCUAAUCACCCGGUAAUAAAAUCCGCGCCUCUCAAUCCGCGCGAUGCGUUCUUCGGUGGUCGUACGGGAAAUAUCGCGACGUAUUGCGAAGUCACGGGUGCGGAGAAAAUACGUUAUGUCGACGUGUGUUCUCUGUACCCGUACGUACUGAAAACGGGUGGCUUUCCGAUCGGUCACCCCUCUAUUUAUAUCGGUCAGGAAUGUUCCUCGUUAAUCGGAGCAGCGCCUGGCUACAAUUUCGAUUCGGUCGAAGGUCUCGUCCGAUGCAAAGUACUCCCCCCGCGCGAUCUCUUUCAUCCUGUAUUACCCUACCGCGUACGGGGGAAAUUACUGUUCGCCUUAUGCAGGAGUUGCUGUGAAACAUUCUCACAGGCCGAGUGUACGCACGAUCAGCCCGUCGAUCGUGAAUUUGAGGGUACCUGGGUAUCCUGCGAAGUACGCAAAGCUAUCGAGAAAGGUUAUCUCGUGACGAGCGUGAGUGAAAUCUGGCAAUACAGAGUCACACGCUAUAAUUCGGUUACACAUCAGGGGGGUUUAUUCACGGCGUAUAUAAACUCAUUUUUGCAACUGAAACAGGAGGCAAGUGGAUGGCCGGGCGAAUGCGUGGAUGACGAGGCGAAGGAACGUUACCUCCGGGAAUACGAGGAAACCGAAGGUAUCGUUCUCAAUAGAGAUAAUAUAGCACGAAAUCCAGGUUUACGUUCGGUCGCGAAGCUCUGUCUGAAUUCUUUCUGGGGAAAAUUUGGUCAGCGGAGUAAUCUGCCUCAGACCGAAAUCAUAAAAGACUAUCAACAGUUUGUUGCUUUGCUUAUGAAUCCCGAGCACGAGAUAACCGACAUUUUACCUGUCAACGACGAGAGAAUGUAUGUUUCAUGGCGACUGCGAGAAGAGGCAGUUACAUCUUCACCGAUGACAAAUGUCGUGAUCGCGGCAUACACGACAGCGCAGGCGCGAUUAAAAUUAUACGAAUAUUUAGAAUUAUUAGAUAGGCGAGUUUUGUACUACGAUACCGAUUCGUGUAUUUAUUUAAGCACCGGCGAACCGGGCGAGUACGAACCAUCUACGGGAAAUUUUCUGGGGGAUAUGACAGACGAGCUUGAGAGCUAUGGCCGCGGUAGUUACAUUGAAUCGUUCGUGUCGGGUGGCCCGAAAUUUUACGCGUAUGUCGUACGUACAACGUCGGAUCGCACGCAUGAAAUUUGUAAAAUUAAAGGUAUUACGUUAAACUAUAAUAAUUCCUUGUGCAUGAAUUUCGCUAGUAUUAAGAAAUUAAUAGCAGAAAGAGAAAAGCGGGGUGAGCGAGGAGAAGGAGAAGGAGAGAAAGAAGAAGAAGAAAAAACGACUAGAGCGGCGAUAAAUUUGCGUUUUAGAGCGAUUCGACGCACCGCAUUUCACGAUAUCGUAACGCGGGAUGAAACAAAGACGUGUGCGCCGGUAUUGGUAAAACGUAGAUUUAUCAAUAAUCGUUACUCUCUCCCGUACGGAUUCGUAGGCGAAUAACAGCUUUCUCCUCGCUCAGCCCGAUCAUGCUUUCUCUCUCACGCGCGUACAUACACCCAGCUACUUUAAGUUGGAUUUUAAGUUAUAU